UGUUAAAAAUAUAUAGUAUAAUAAUAAUGUUCAUAGCAGUUAGUAGUCUUCUUGCAAGCCGCAGGGGACUAAUUUAUUGCCUAUAUCAUUUUUACUACAAAUUGUCCACCAUAACAGGAUCUUAGAACUUUCUUAGAUCAUAUAAAGUGGUUCUAAAAGUGCGAUUAGUAUAAAACGCUAAUAAUCUAUAGAAGUCUCUCAUAUAUUGAGACUUAGCCAUGGAUAAGGCAUAUAACGUCAUGGACCAACAGUUUAAAGACGGUCCAGCAUUUUCCAAAUUCCUCGACAACAAUGAUCCCCUCGGACAUUUACGGCAGAGGUUCUAUAUCAGAAAAAAUACAAUUUACAUGUGCGGAAAUUCGCUGGGCUUAAUUUCCAAGGAUGCAGAAGACACAACCCUUGAUUUGAUACAAAAAUGGAAAAACGAAGGCGUACAAAUUUGGAAUGUAGAAGAAAAUAAGUACUACUUAUAUUCUUCUCAAAUAGCAAAGCUUAUGGCUCCUCUAGUGGGAGCUGACGAUGACGAAAUAGCGGUUGUAGGCUCGACCACCGUCAACAUUCACCAAGUGAUAGGAACUUUCUAUAAACCCACGAAAGAUCGAUACAAAAUACUGCUUGAUGAUUUAAAUUUCCCCACCGAUAGAUAUGCGAUAGACAGCCAAGUAAGGUUAAAAGGUUAUACACCCGAAGAAUCAGUGAAAAUUGUUAAAUCGGUGAAUAAAUUCAUAAACGAAAACGAUGUUAUUGCAGCAAUGACUGAUGAUGUAGCAAUAGUAUUCCUACCAUCUGUUUAUUAUAGAACUGCCCAGAUACUGGAUAUGAAAAAAAUAACCGACGCAGCGAAAGCAAGAGGUAUUAUUGUUGGCUGGGAUUUAUGUCAUGCAGUGGGGGCAAUAGAGGUUGAUUUAAAGUCUAUAGACGCGGAUUUUGCUGUGUGGUGUACGUAUAAGUAUUUGAACGGUGGUCCGGGAUCUUGUGGGGCGUUGUAUAUAAACCGGAAGCAUUUCCAGCUCUUACCAGGACUAGCUGGUUGGUUCGGGAAUAGAGUGGAGACUCAAUUUUUAUUACGUCAGAAGUUUGACCAUCGCAAGGACAGUAAUGGUUGGCAAAUUGGAACCCCGCAUUUAUUCUCUAUGGCACCGUUAGAAGGAUCGUUGAAAAUGUUUAUCGAUUGUGGUAUGAGGAAGGUUAGGCAGAAGUCGUUAAAACUAACUGGCUAUUUAAUAUACUUGAUUGACAAUAAGUUAAUUCAGUUUGGUUUCUCGAUUGGGAAUUUGCGUGAAGACAGUAAAAGAGGGGGACACGUAUGUUUAGAACAUGAAGAAAGUUACAGAAUAUCUCUGGCAUUAAAAGAAAGGGGUGUUGUGCCAGAUUUUAGAGAUCCUAAUGUGAUUCGUUUAGCUCCAGUGGCAAUGUACACCACUUAUAGCGAAGUCUAUACUAUGGUUGAAGUAUUAGUGGAUAUUAUGAAAUCCGAAUCGUAUAAGAAAUUUAGUUGUAAACGGAAUGUUGUGGUGUGAAUAAGAUGUUUGAUUUAGUUGUUCUUCACUAUUUUGCAUAUAAUUUUCCAAUUAUAAGAGUCAUAGCCAAUUUUUCAUUUUCAGUAUUAUCUCGAAAUAUUUGAAAUACGUUUUUAAAAACUUUAAAGCUAUACCCUUAGUAAAGAUUCAUAGUAAUUGUUUCUUGUGAAAUGGAUUUGCAGAAAUAAAACAA